CGCUGUCACUCAUCCCGGGUCCUGUCAGAGCAGGAGGCGCCGCUCUGCCCGAGCCGGACACUCACCCGCCUCCCGCCGCCGGCCCAUGGACGCCGCGCUCCUGCUCGCCUUCGGGCUGCUGGCCCAGAGCCUGGGCCUGUCUUUGGGGAGCCCCGGACUGAGGAGGCCCAGCACUCUGUACCCCUGGCGCCGGGCACCUGCACUGGGCCGUGCACGGAGAGCCUGGGUCAUCCCCCCCAUCAGUGUCUCGGAGAACCACAAGCGCCUCCCAUAUCCCCUGGUGCAGAUCAAGUCGGACAAGCAGCAGCUAGGCGGCGUCAUCUACAGCAUCCAGGGGCCAGGCGUGGAUGAGGAGCCCCGGGGCAUCUUCUCCAUCGACAAGUUCACGGGGAAGGUGUUCCUGAACGCCCUGCUGGACCGGGAGAAGACAGACCGCUUCAGGCUAAGGGCCUUUGCUCUGGACCUGGGAGGAUCCACCCUGGAGGAGCCCACCGACCUGGAGAUUGUGGUUGUGGAUCAGAACGACAACCGGCCCAUCUUCCGGCAGGAGGUGUUCACUGGCCAUGUGCUGGAGGGUGCAGUCCCAGGCACCUACGUGACCAGGGCCGAGGCCACGGACGCCGACGACCCGGAAACAGACAACGCGGCCCUGCGGUACUCCAUCCUGGAGCAGGGCAGCCCCCAGCUCUUCAGCAUCCAUGAGCACACGGGGGAGAUUCGCACGGUGCAAGUGGGCCUGGACCGCGAGGUGGUCGCCGUGUACAAUCUGACCCUGCAGGUGGCAGACAUGUCCGGAGACGGGCUCACUGCCACUGCCUCGGCCAUCAUCACCCUGGAGGAUGUCAAUGACAACGCCCCCGAGUUCACCAGGGAUGAGUUCUUCCUGGAGGCCACAGAGGCCGUGGACAGAGCGGACGUGGGGCGGCUACAGGUGGAGGACCUGGACCUGCCAGGCUCCCUAAACUGGGCGGCCAGGUUCACCAUCCUGGAGGGCGACCCCGAUGGGCAGUUCGCUAUCCGCACAGACCCCAAGACCAACGAGGGCGUGCUGUCCGUGGUGAAGCCCCUGGACUACGAGAUUUGUGAGCAGUAUGACCUCAAAGUGGCGGUGCAGAACGAGGCCCCCCUGCAGGUGGCCGCCCCCCGAGCCGAGUGGGGCCAGGCCAGGGUCAGCGUGCAAGUGCGGGAUGUCAAUGAGGCACCCGUGUUCCUGGAGAACCCACUGCGGACCAGCCUGGCUGAGGGGGCGGCCCCAGGAACCCCCGUGGCCACCUUUGCUGCCCAAGACCCCGACACUCAGCAGCUGCAGACGCUCAGCUACUCCAAGGACUAUGACCCUGAGGACUGGCUGCAGGUGGAUGGAGCCACGGGCCGCGUCCAGACCCAGCGUGUGCUCAGCCCAGCGUCACCCUUCCUCAAGGACGGCUGGUACAGGGCCAUCAUCCUGGCCCAUGAUGACGCCUCCCCACCCUGCACAGCCACCGGGACCCUGUCCAUUGAGAUCCUGGAGGUCAACGACCACGCCCCUGAGCUGUCCUCACCGUCUGGCAGCCUGUGCAGCGAGCCAGACCAGGGCUCUGGCCUUCUCUUGGGUGCCGUGGAUGAGGACCUGCCCCCCCACGGGGCCCCCUUCCACUUCCAGCUGAGUCCCAGGGUCCCAGAGCUGGCCCGGAACUGGAGCCUCAGCCAGGUUAACGUGAGCCACACCCGCCUGCGGCUGCGGCACCAGGUCCAGGAGGGACUGCACCGCCUCAGCCUGCUGCUCCGGGACUCGGGGCAGCCACCCCAGCAGCGCGAGCAGACCUUGAAUGUGACCGUGUGCCGCUGCGGCCAGGACGGCGCCUGCCUGCCCGGGGCCAGUGCACUGCAGGCGGGGGGUGCGGGCCUCAGCCUGGGCGCGCUGGUCAUCAUGCUAGCCAGCGUCAUCCUCCUGCUGCUGGUCGCUCUGCCUGUGGCCCUCGUUGCACGAUCCCGGCAGCAGUCGUGGGACAAGGGGCUUCUGCCGGGGCUGCAGGACGACCUCCGGGACAACAUCCUCAACUACGACGAGCAGGGGGGUGGGGAGGAGGACCAGGAUGCCUACGACAUCAACCAGCUGCGUCACCCGACAGGGGCCCUGAGCGUCCCUCUGGGACGCCCGCCACUGCGCCGCGAUGCCCCAUUCGGCCGAGUGCGUCCCCCGCUGCCCCGCGUGCUGCCCACCAGCCCUGCCGACAUCGCCAAUUUUAUCAAUGAUGGCUUGGAGGCUGCCGACAGUGACCCCAGCGUCCCGCCCUAUGACACGGCUCUCAUCUACGACUACGAGGGGGAUGGCUCUGUGGCAGGGACACUGAGCUCCAUCCUGUCCAGCCUGGGUGAUGAGGACCAAGACUACAGCUGCCUCCAGGACUGGGGCCCCCGCUUUGCUCGGCUGGCGGACUUGUACGGCCCCCCCUGAGGGCCAGAGCGAGGGGGGGACGUGGUGGCUGUGGGCCAGGGGAGGGGCUUCCUGCUGGGACCUGCACCUGCCCUGCUGAUGGUGCAACCACCCGGACAUGGGGGGCGGGGUCCUCCAGGAUGCAGCCUGACCACGGGGGCCCCAGUAGACACACCAACACCUGGCCGUAUGGCCAGGAGCCCCAGCUGACCUUUGCAGAGGUGGCCAGAGGGCAGCCUGCUUCUCCCAGGGGAAGAUGGAG